GUGAUAACGAAGUGUCAAAAUUCCAGUUACAAUGCACAAAGUUUCAGGAGUUACAAAAUAGAUAAAUUAACGGUUUAAAGAGAUCUUUAAAAAUCUUCAACGAAGAGCGCGGAGAAGUGAAGCAGAUUUCUACAAGAUGACAAAAGUUCUCGAAACGAUCGGCAAAGUUACCCACAUUAACCUAGUGACACCGCAACGCAAAGACGCAAAACAACAAGAUAGCUUGAUUGAUACUUUUCAACUUGGGAGAGAUAGAUUUAUCUUACUUCCAACAACUUAUAUUUUAAAAUCUCAUGAUCACAUUGGUGACGCAACAGCUCUAACUGAUAAAGUAAAAGUACCGGUAAAAACUGCUUCGUCUGCAAUUCUAAAAACCGACAAGCACGAAAUGCAACUCAGCGACUCAAGCUCUAAAAUAGUGCAUCGUUCAUCAUCAAAAAAGAUUGUAAAGGCAUCUUAUUACGAUGAUGACAAAUCAUCUAAGCAGACAAUGAUUUUUAUCAAAUCCAUUCCAGCACCCAAGGGUCCUUUGACUAGAGUUAUUCAGUGUUCAACAAAGAUAAGCAAAGAUAAAACUAAUUACUGUAUUCAUUUAGAAUCAAAGUUAAAAAAAGAUAGUGCUUACAAAAUUAUUCAGCCUACUGAUUCCUCUAAGAUUUCUGUUAAAAAAACAAAGAUUUCUUGUAAAGGAGCUCUUUCAAAACAAAGUGUUUCACGUCGAAAGUCGAAAUCGGAAGUAACACGCCGUUCCCUUCCAGACUGUAAACUUGCACGUUCAGAUAAAGCAGAUUUGAAAAUUGAUAUCUUGUUCUUCCCAGAGAUGAAGGAUCCACUUUCUCAUAUAACAUGUAAGAACGGUUUUGAUCCUUUCGAAAUACCAAGUUCCUUGAAGAAAUUCUCAAGAAGAUACAAGAAACAAAUAUGUUCAUCCAGUUGUUACCAGCCAGUUUUGGCAUUACAUGCAAAGUCUUCACCGACAGAAAGAUGUACGAUGCAAAAACGUCUCGAUAGUCAACGACUUCAACGUCUGCCUUCAAAGCAAAUACUGCGAAGUGAGGUCACGCAGAUAGAAUACGCGAAGUCGGACAAAGCAUCCGCGUGUCAGAAGUCGGCGGUAGCCUUUAGGCGUGCUUGCUUAACGCCUGAGAUUUCCGGGGAUACAUCGCACUUGCCUAGCUCGCAAGAGUUGCUCACUCGCUACGGAAAGAACAUUCCCAUCUAUCAGUUGGAAAGAUACGAGGCCUGUCGCUCCAAAAGAAACGGUCUUCAAGACGAAUGUAUUCCACCGCUAUUACAAGCUAUAUUGAAAAAAGAGGAGCAGCAACGCACUUUGGAUAAGUGCAGCAAAGGAGAACAGAAAGUAGAUCAAAAUAGAAUGGGUGAAUCAAUGAAUCCAAUUAAAUUUUUGUUGUACGUAGAGUAAUAUUUAAAAUCAAGAGAAUUAAAACUGAAUUUUAGAAAAAAUAAAUAGGAAAACAAUUAUAUUCGCGAUUGUUGGAAAACAGUCAUGUACGGGAUGUUUGAUAAAUAACGAUAAAACUCUCGCAUAGGAAUAGAGCGGACUAAACUGAGUCGAAUAGUCCU